GCUCCUCAGACUCGGACAAUGACUGAGCACGCCGCCUCAACAACCGGGGGCAAGGCUACUCCCAAGGUGCUGGCGUUCGACGUCUUCGGUACCGUGGUGGACUGGCACUCGUCAAUCGCACGCGAAGUGGAGGCUGUCGUGCCGGGCAUUGACGGGGACGCGUUCGCGCUCAAGUGGCGCGAGGGAUACGCACCGGCAAUGGCCGCAACAAUGGCGUCUGGACAGUUCAGAGUGCUGGAUGAGCUUCAUAUGGACAUCCUACGCAAGAUCGCGCCGCGGGGCCUGUCCGAAGAGCAGCUGGCGGAGCUGAAUCGCGCGUGGCAUCGCCUCGACCCGUGGCCGGAGUCGGUAGCGGCACUCGAGCGGUUGCGCACACGCUUUGUCAUAACGCCGCUGUCCAACGGCGGCAUCGGACUGCUCACAUACAUGGCUAAGCGCGCCGGCUUGCCGUGGGACGUGAUCCUCAGCGCUGAGGUAUUUGGCGCGUACAAGCCCGACCACCGCACAUACCGCGGCGUCGCGCGCGUUCUCGGCGUGAGCCCGGCGGAAGUGAUGUUGGUCGCGGCACACCAUACCGACUUGGACGCGGCGCAGGACGCGGGCCUCCAAACCGCGUACAUCGAGCGCCCAUACGAAUUUGGCCGUGCGAGGACUAAGGACGUGACCCCACAGCCCCGUCACACCCUCCACUUCUGCGACCUGGCCGCGCUCGCCGAUUACUUUGGUUGUUAGAAUAUUCCAAGCACGCUAAGCACGCUGUGUAUGUAUGAACGGGGCAGGAUGUAGGCGGAGCCCUUGUGCAUUGCGAGG